AGGACCAAUCGGAACAGAGAGUUGGUGAAAUCUCGUUCAGUUAGGGAUCAUCCCCAGGUAUCGCGUGGUUUCGUUCGUGGCCCUGCGCUAACAACGGCUGCAGUAAAAGCAGCUUAAUUUGCAGCUCUGCAGGAUAUCCAUGAUGAGUUAUGCGGAAAAGCCGGAGGACAUCACCAAAGAAGAGUGGAUGGAAAAGCUUAACAAUGUGCACAUACAGAGAGCAGACAUGAACCGACUCAUCAUGAAUUACUUAGUGACAGAAGGUUUUAAAGAAGCCGCAGAGAAAUUCCGGAUGGAGUCGGGAAUUGAGCCCAGUGUGGACCUGGACUCACUGGAUGAAAGGAUAAAGAUCCGGGAGAUGAUACUGAAAGGGCAGAUCCAGGAAGCCAUCGCUUUGAUCAACAGCCUCCACCCGGAGUUGCUGGAUACCAACCGAUACCUGUACUUUCAUUUGCAGCAGCAGCACCUUAUUGAGCUGAUCCGGCUGCGUGAGACGGAGUCUGCACUGGAGUUUGCGCAGACGCAGCUGGCCGAGCAGGGCGAGGAGAGCCGCGAGUGCCUGACGGAGAUGGAGCGCACGCUGGCCCUGCUGGCCUUCGACAACCCGGAGGACUCACCCUUUGGGGACCUGCUGAACAUGACACAGCGGCAGAAGGUUUGGAGUGAGGUCAAUCAGGCCGUGUUGGACUACGAAAACAGGGAAUCAACGCCGAAACUCGCCAAACUACUGAAGCUCUUACUGUGGGCCCAGAAUGAACUUGACCAGAAGAAAGUCAAGUAUCCUAAAAUGACUGACCUUAGCAAAGGAACCAUCGAGGAUCCGAAGUAACGGCAGCCUGGCACUGAUGCACUGUGGAGACACGCCGUCACCUGAUCUCUUCCUGUUUAUAAGCAGUUAUUGACUGGACCCUAUAUAUAAAAUAUGUAUGUAAAAUAGUAAUGGCAAAAAAAGGUAUAUCAGAGAAAUUUCCCCGUAUUUGAAAGAAUUUGAUUGUGCAAAGUGUAUGUGGUUGAAUUUUAAAGUGAUCCUUUAGGUAAGAAGUAAACACUUUAACCUGGCAUUUUAAGACACACAAUGUGCCGCUCCUUAGAGGCCGCCCGGUGCCGUUUAUGGUGUUAUUUAUCCUGUUGGUUUAGUGGUGGUUACUUUAGGUAGCUUUACUGCCUGAUUGAAAAGCUGCUUCUCUUACACACUAAGUCAAUGAAGAGAUGUGUACAGUUGGAGUGGGGAUGGGGGUUGGGGGGGCACAUGAUUAUUAAGCCUAAAUUAGGCCUGCUGUCAGGAAAGAGUAGAGUACAUUCAUGAAGCAGAUUUAAGAUUAAUGGGUAAAUUGGAGACAAAUGGGAGGUGAUGGCCUGUUUUUAAUAUUUGAAAAGAAACGGCCUUGUGCCUCUUGGCCAGUUUGUAUAUGUGUGUGUUGGUUUCUGAGAGUUUUCCUAAGUUUGCUUCAUGAAUAAUUCACUUUGGUUAGACGAUUGGGGAUGAUGAUGAUGGUGCUUUGCCUUGUAGGGUUUGUUACUGUCCAGGCUAUUCCAUUGGUCCAUGCAGGCAGGAACAAUGCCAUCCCAUUGGUCCAUGCAGGCAGGAACAAUGCCAUCCCAUUGGUCCAUGCAGGCAGGAACAAUGCCGUCCCAUUGGUCCAUGCAGGCAGGAACAAUGCCAUCCCAUUGGUCCAUGCAGGCAGGAACAUGGGCUUUUUAAAGGGCAGGGGGAAAGCAAUGGUUGUUGUCCGUGCAACUGAAAGACUUUCAUUACUAAUUUUGCUUUCUGCUGAAUGUAGGCAUGCUGUACUUUUGUUUUGUAAUUAUUGUUUAAAGGGUACUAGGGGACUGUUUGAGCCUUGUGUAUGAUGUUCAGCGGUUGUCAGUGCAAUUUUGUUUUGUAUUUACUGCAGAAGUAAGCAUAAAAACAUGCAUCUCAUUGUGUGUUUUCCCAGAGAGCCUGCCAAUAAUGUGAGCAGAUCAAAUGGAGAAAGCUCAUCUCUUAUUAAUGAAAGUUUUGCAGUCAGAUUUACAGAUUAAAAAUAAACAAUUCUUUUGGAAAAAGUGGA